AGGGGGCCGGUCCCUUUUUAGCAGCCCUGGAGAGUAGGUACACUUGGCCAUGACUGGCAGCAAGGCGUGCAGCUUCGUCACUGCACACGCUGCCGUACAGUCAGGCUGUCUUUUGCCAAGCAACUUGUUUCCUCUCGGUCGAGGGCUUGUACAUGGGCUUGUAGGCUGCACCGGCAACCCUCCUUACCGUUGGCACGGGCUACCCGGGUGCAUCAUCUGUUAGCUGUUAGUCCGUAAUCCGUGUUGCGAAACUCGAAACAUCCUCUCCCCGUCCGCCAUCCCCCGUCCUUACGCGGCAAUCCCCCACUACCGAAAUCCCUCGUGCCGCCGAUCAACGACGCCGACGACGUCCACGAUAGACCACCCUCCUCCCCUCCUCGAAUUGUGCGCCUUUGCUGGCCCAUCGUCGACCUGCCAUCCUCGCAGGCGCAGAUCACAAUACACCCAUUGCUGCGAGGGCUGUCCUGCCCCUAUGUCCGCCCCUGACUGAGUCGCCCUUCACAACAACAGCAUCUCACCACUCUGUCCACCGCCACAUCGUCACGGUCCCUUCCACAUAUUAGCCGCCCGUCAUGGGUAUCACCAACCGCCGAAAGGAUAAGGGGGCCAAGCAGGGCGGAGCCGUCGCAGCAGGCGGUGGCCAUGCCGGAGGAGGAGCGAAGCCCAAGAAGGCCACCUUCGAGACCACAAAGAAGAAGGAAAUCGGUGUCUCAGACCUGACCCUCCUCAGCAAGGUCUCCAACGAGGCCAUCAACGAUAACUUGAAGAAGAGGUUCGAGGGCGCCGAGAUCUACACCUACAUCGGCCACGUGCUGGUUUCCGUCAACCCCUUCCGCGACCUCGGCAUCUACACCGACCAGGUUCUCGAGAGCUACAAGGGCAAGAACCGACUCGAGGUCCCCCCACACGUCUUCGCCAUCGCCGAGUCCGCAUACUACAACCUCAAGGCCUACCAUGACAACCAAUGCGUCAUCAUCUCGGGCGAGUCCGGUGCCGGCAAGACAGAAGCUGCGAAGCGCAUCAUGCAGUACAUCGCCAACGUCUCGGGGGGCGAGUCGGGCGACGUCAAGCAGAUCAAGGACAUGGUGCUGGCAACCAACCCCCUGCUCGAGUCCUUCGGAAAUGCCAAAACACUGCGGAAUAACAACUCCUCACGUUUCGGCAAGUACCUGCAGAUGCACUUCAACGCUCAGGGAGAGCCCGUCGGUGCCGACAUCACAAACUACCUGCUCGAGAAGUCCAGAGUAGUCGGCCAGAUCCAGAACGAGCGGAACUUCCACAUCUUUUACCAGUUCGCCAAGGGCGCAUCCCAACAACACAGGGAGAUCUUCGGAAUACAAAAGCCCGAGACAUAUCUCUACACAAGCAAGUCAAAAUGCCUGGAUGUUGACGGGAUCGACGAUCUCGCCGAGUUCCAGGACACGCUGAAUGCGAUGAACCUGAUCGGUCUGUCCCAGGCGGAGCAGGACAACAUCUUCAGGAUGCUGUCUGCAAUCUUGUGGACUGGUAAUCUUGUUUUCAAGGAGGACGACGAUGGUUAUGCCGCGGUGUCUGACUCAUCCGUUGUCGACUUUCUGGCAUACCUGCUCGAGGUCGACGCGCAGUCCCUCAUCAAGGCCAUCACCAUCCGUAUCUUGACGCCGAGGAACGGCGAAGUCAUCGAGUCUCCCGCCAACAUUGCGCAAGCAACGGCCACUCGCGACGCGCUGGCAAAGGCCAUCUAUUACAACCUGUUCGACUGGAUUGUGGAGAGAGUCAACCAGUCGCUCAAGGCCAGGCAACCCACCACAAACUCAAUCGGAAUUCUCGAUAUCUAUGGAUUUGAGAUUUUUGAGAAGAACAGUUUUGAGCAACUGUGCAUCAACUAUGUCAAUGAGAAACUGCAGCAGAUCUUCAUCCAGUUGACGCUCAAGGCCGAGCAGGAGGAAUACGCCCGAGAACAGAUCAAGUGGACACCCAUCUCAUACUUCGACAACAAGGUUGUGUGUGACUUGAUCGAGCAGACCCGCCCUGUCGGCAUCUUUUCUGCCAUGAAAGAUGCCACCAAGACUGCGCACGCUGACCCGGCUGCUUGCGACCGGACGUUCAUGCAGAGCAUCAACGGCAUGUCAAAUGCCCAUCUGACGCCGCGUCAAGGAAGCUUCAUCAUUAGGCAUUAUGCUGGUGACGUGAGCUACACGGUUGAUGGCAUCACGGACAAGUGCAAGGAUCAGCUGCUCAAGGGCGUCCAGAACCUCUUCCAGCUCAGCCAGAACGCAUUCAUCCACACGCUGUUCCCCCACCAGGUCGACACCGAUAACAGGAAACAACCGCCAUCUGCCGGUGACAGGAUUCGAACUUCGGCGAAUGCGCUUGUCGAGACGCUUAUGAAGUGUCAGCCAUCAUACAUUCGCACGAUCAAGCCAAACGAGAACAAGUCACCGACUGAGUACAAUGUACCAAACGUGCUUCAUCAAAUCAAAUACCUUGGUCUACAGGAGAACGUCAGAAUUCGUCGGGCUGGUUUUGCAUACCGUCAGUCUUUCGAGAAGUUCGUCGAUCGAUUCUUCCUGCUGUCGCCUGCGACGUCGUAUGCGGGAGAGUACACAUGGACUGGCUCUUAUGAUGCGGCUGUAAAGCAAAUUCUCAAGGACACAAGUAUCCCGCAGGAAGAGUGGCAACUUGGUGUGACGAAAGCCUUUGUCAAGUCUCCUGAAACCCUCUUCGCUCUUGAGCAUAUGAGGGAUCGGUACUGGCACAACAUGGCAACUCGUAUCCAGCGAAUGUGGCGAGCAUACCUCGCAUACAGGGCUGAGUCGGCAACGCGUAUCCAACGAUUCUGGCGCAAGAAGCGCACAGGUGCUGAGUACUUGCAGCUAAGGGAUGACGGCCACCGCGUGCUUCAGGGCCGCAAGGAAAGACGACGCAUGAGUCUGCUGGGUUCUCGACGAUUCCUUGGAGACUAUCUGGGUAUCAACGCGACCACUGGGCCUGGGAGUCAAGUGCGCAACGCCAUCGGACUGGGGAGCAACGAGAAGGCGGUCUUCUCGUGUCGCGGUGAGCUUCUGGAGGCCAAGUUCGGCCGCUCCAGUAAGCCGAGUCCCAGGAUCAUUAUUGUGACGGGCAGCAAAUUCUACACCGUCUCUCAGAUGCUCGCGAACAACCAGGUUCAGAUCGUCGUCGAACGAGCUGUCCCCUUGGGAGCCAUCAAAUUCGUCGGCGCCUCGACCGCCCGCGAUGAUUGGUUCUCGCUCGGAAUCGGCUCUCAACAGGAAGCAGAUCCGCUCCUGAACUGUGUUUUCAAGACGGAGAUGUUCACCCAGAUGCAAAGGGUCAUGCCGGCUGGUUUCAACCUGAAAAUAGGGGAGACAAUCGAGUACGCCAAGAAGCCCGGGAAGUUGCAGCAGGUCAAGGUCCUCAAGGAUUCUCCUUCGCCGGCCGAUUUCUACAAGAGUGGUGCGGUGCACACGCAGCCCGGCGAGCCACCAAACUCGGGCUCAAGACCUAUGCCCAAAGCCAAGCCCGUGCCGCCGAGGCCCAUCACGAAGGGCAAGCUGAUCAAGCCUGGCGGACCCAACGGCCGGCCGUCAAGAGCCACAGGAAAUAGAACGCCCCAACCCAGGCCCGGAGCUGCAGGGGCCGCGGCCCCGCGUGCUGUACCCAACCCUACCCCAAGGCCCACCCCGAAACCAAUACCUGCCCCUGUCACCAUCCCUUCACAUAACCGAAACCAGUCAGCCGCUUCCGCAACUCGUGUACCGCCUCCACCGCCGCCGCCUGCCGCGCCCCCGGCCAAGGCGAAGAUCAUGGCCAAGGUCCUGUAUGAUUUCGCCGGCCAGAGGGAGAACGAGUUGACCAUCAAGGCCGGCGACUUGAUCGAGGUUGUCCAGAAAGAGACAAAUGGUUGGUGGCUCGCAAAGAAUGCGGACGGCCAGGCAUGGGUGCCCGCAGCAUACGUGGAGGAACAAGCACCCGCGCCAGCACCGAGGGCCCCGCCACCGCCCCCGGUCGCAAACGGAAGGGCGAAACCAGCAGCGCCCCAGCCCCCGGCGAAGCGACCCGCGGCGGGGCGCAAGCCGGCGCCGCCCCCGCAGCCGCGCGACUCGGGCAUGAGUCUCAACGGCAGUGCUGACGGCAGCCGGAGCAACACACCGACGCCGAGCCUGGGGGGCAGUCUGGCGGACGCGCUCCUGGCGAGGAAGCAGGCGAUGGCUAAGAAGGACGACGAUGACGACUGGUAGUGGCGCCUAUGCAGUGGAAGACGAGGAGCAGAGUCGGGUCUAAGUUUGCGUGUGGUCUACCUGCUCCGACGUGGUUAGAAUGAGCAAAGGGUCGCGUGCGUGGUGGUUGUGGUUCGUUUCGGUGCUGCAUAGCCCUUGUUAUUUUUGCUCUCGCCUUGUAUGGCGAGCCAUAGAAUGGCGAGGAUGGGAAAAGGGAAAAGAAGAGAAAGGUGCUCUUGUUUGUUCGAUAGACGGGCGGGCUGGCUUGACCAGGCCCUGCUCGGUGUUUUGAAGUAUCAAGAGUUGUCAGUAUUGAACAUAGUACAUAUUUCAGAAAGAUAUCAUUUAAGCAUCUCUGGAGAUUGGCUUGGUGAUCUCGGGGUCCGGGGUAAUCAUGUAGCUUUAAGACCUGUUCUCGUGUCUUUUGUCAACGAUUAUGAAUGCCGCGUGUUGGCCGCAUUGAUUACGGCCAGUCAAAUUCUCAUUGGGUCACCCUGCUAGCACGAACGGACUGUGGCUACGGUUCAUUGGAUCUGACCUCGACUAUCUAUCCUUUCCGUAGGCCUUCCUUCGACGUAGCAGCUCGCCAAGGGGCACAUCCUCAUCGUCAUCCUCCACAUCCUCAUCCACGCCAAAGUCUCGCAGGCGGUCGCCCUCUGAGUUCGUCCACCCGGGCUCGCCGUCGAACCCCCUCUCGUAGUAGCCCUGGCCGGGUAUCACGGGGACCGCCCUGUCCGAGGCGCCCCCUUCCCCUAACCCGUCCUCCUCGUCUUCAUCAUAAUAACCACCGCUGCCACCGCUCUCGUUGUCGUCGACAUAGUCAUACCCCUCCUCGAUAUCCUCGAUCCCCUCGUCCUCGCCCAGCUCGGCGAUGACGCCCGACGUGCCCCGCCGCCGCCGCAGGUCCAUCUCCUGCCGCGCGCGGAACGCCGCCAUCUCCUCCUGCGGGCUGGCCCACCUCCUGUCGACGAGCUCUGCCUCCUGCCGCCGCGAGGCCUCGGACCCGGGCCAGCCCUUGCCGCCGCCCGCCGCAGCCCGCCGCAGCUUCUCCGGGUCCGCGGGCGGCCACAUGCCCUCGCGGUCGUUGAACCCGUUCUCCUCCCACUCCCACCCCGUGCCCUUGCCGGCGGCCGCCCCCUCCCCGCUCGAGACCUUUGGCCCGCCGCCUAUCAGGGGGUCGAGCCACGUCAGGACGUUCCUGGUGCCCAUCGCCUGUGCCAUGUUGGCGAAGAAGCCGAUGUCGUAGGGGAACUCGACCCGCUCGAUCUUGACCUUGCCGCCGGCGCCGGGCCCGGUCCACCACCCGGCCCGCCUGGACCUGAGGAGCACCGCCUCGUGCCUCUCCUGCUCCCAGCCCUCGAUCAUGGUGAUGUUGAGCACCCACCCCCUAGCAGUAGUAGCCAGGAGUAUGACCAGCGCGAACGAGACCAGGAACCCGGCGAUCGCCAGCAGGACCAGGUGGAUCAGCACGGGGACGCUGGGGCCCAGGUACGAGGGCAGGGCCGAGUUGUCCCAGAAGAUGAGGCGCAGGCGCGGGUACAGCAGCCACCAGAGGAGGUAGCCCAGGGCGAGGUUGGUGUAGACCAGGAAGCGCAGGAAGUAGGGGAAGGUCUGCAGCGAGACGCAGUUGUUGGUCCAGGGGCAGUGGUGGUCCAUCUUGGGGAUGCAGGUCUUGCAGAGGCGGCAGUGGUGCGCGCGGAGGGGCUUGGGGGCGUCGCAUUUCUUGCACCAGCGGGUUGUUGCCGAGGUGGUGGUGGUGGUGAUCGUCGUCGUCGUCGUCGGCUUGCUUUUGGGCUCGGGGUGGGGUGUGGGUGUGUCGGCUGGCUUGUCUGAAGGGGUCUCGCCGUCUUUGCUAGUCGGUGGGGGGUCGUCGGACUUGUUGGAUGUUGCUGGCGGUUGUUUUGGGAGGAAGUCGUAGCGGCCUGGGGGCACGGUGCAUGCCUUGUAGUAUGUGAUCCAUAGGCAGGCGAGGAGGAUGUUGAAUAUGGCCGUCUCCCUCUGGGUCAUGGGCCCGGGCUCGAGGUUCUCAGCGACGUUGAAGAGCCAUUGCGACGUGUAGCCCAGGAAGACGAUCAGGAGGCAGACGGCCGGUACGAAGAGGGACUGGUAGUCGGUGGAUGCUGGCCCGGUGAGUAGGCCAGCCAUGUCUGGAGUUUGAGAGUCAGGGCGGGAGGUGAGUGUCGGCUGCUUGUCGUCAACUCGUCAACAGGUCAACAUGGCAGUUGCAAGCGAGGCGCUCGCAGUCAGUAGCCUGGUGUUGAAGGUUCUGAUCAGUAGUAAAUCCCUCGGUGUAGGGUUGAGAACAAUAAUAAACAAAGAGAGCACGAGCACAGCACACCCAGUUGUGCGGCUCGUUGUAUCACGAGGUUGGCAUGUUGAGGGCAGGUGGUACAGCCGACUUGUCAGCCGUGCAUUGUGGUCGCAAAUCAGCCAGCCUUCCGCGCAGCCCGUAUUCAGGGGACGCGACGUCAGUCUUUGGGAGGUCAAGGGACCCCUGCUCAGAAGCAGGGGCACCUCGUGUGGCCUGGCCAGGUGCUCGAGUACUGCGACCUCACAAUGGCAAGCUCCACGUCGAUAUUAUACAAAUGCCCACGUCACGUAUGGGAAUCUGAUAUUUUCUGGAAGGAGUUUGACGGAAGCCAAGUCUGGCUGAAAAGUCGCAGAUCUUUC